AUGACAGCAGUCGAUCUUAACAACUGGUUCUCGAACUAUCUUGCAACCACCGAGUAUCCCGGUGACUUUCGCAAUCACGUACAACCUACUUGGGUCGUCUCUGCCAACGAUGUUGUUGAGUUGGGAAAUGUCAACGCUGCCCCUUCUGUCUUUUGCAGUGACGUCCCUGCUACUGGAUUUCAUAUGGAAGGAAAGUUGAAGAUUCAACAAGAUACUAGCGAUGAUGACUAUGUUGGAUUCGCUGUUGGCUUCGAGAAAGGAGACUUUGCAUCUGAAGAUGCCUCUUGGUAUCUGCUUGAUUGGAAAAAGAACGGCCAAAGCUUGCCCGGUCGCUUCAAUGGAUGCGGUGGGGGUAUGACAGUGGGGAACGGUCUUUCAGCCUCAAAGGUCACCAAAAAAGCUGUAGAAUCGGAGUAUUGGGCGCAUGAAGACUUCUCUUGCCCCACUUCGCCUGAUGCUUCCUAUACAGGUGGUCUCACGGAAUUGCUUCGUGCAGCGACCAAGGGUUCUACUGGAUGGGUGAAAAAUCAAGAGUACGACUUUUGCCUUGAAGUCUCAUCCACAUUCAUCAAGCUCACUAUCGAUGAUGUAGAAGAAAUCCUAAUCAACAAAAAAGUUGAUGAGGAAUUUGCCGUCAAACAAGACAGCCCAUUUUGCUUUUACACUUUUUCGCAAGACUACCCAAUGUGGUCUGAUAUCACCAUCGAACCAUUGGGCACUCCCGGAUCCUGUGGAGAUCCUCACUUCAAGACCUGGAAGAAUGAGCACUUCGAGUACCACGGACAGUGUGACCUUGUCCUCGCCAAGGAUGCCAAAUUCGCUGAUGGUCUUGGACUUGAUGUCCAUAUCCGUACCGGCUUGGUUCGCUACUGGAGUUACAUCAAGAGUGCUGUCAUCCGUAUUGGCAAUGACAUUCUUGAGAUUGAAGGAUCUACGGCUGAGUUCGAUUCCGAGACCCACUACUGGUUGAACUACGAAUAUCAAGCCGAACUCACUGAGUUUGCUGGUUUCCCCGUCAAGAAGUUCUCUCAACAAGGAACCGCUGUGACCAAGAACCGCAUCGAAAUCGACUUGAGCUCGAAGUACCCUGGACAAAAGAUCGUCCUUUCUACUUACAAGGAGUUUGUCAAGGUCGAAUUCAAAAACUCUUCUUUUGAAUCCUAUGGAAACACCGUUGGUAUGCUUGGUGACUACAAGACCGGAAAGACUGUUGGCCGUGAUGGAACUACCGAAUUCCACGACUUCACUGACUAUGGUCACGAGUGGCAAGUCCUUCCUGCCGAUGGCAAGUUGUUCCGUGAGGCCGCCCACCCUCAAUUCCCCGAGCUUUGCAUUGACCCUGAAGAUCCCCGAGGACAACGCAAGCGUCGUUUGGCCGAGUCUACCGUCUCUAUGGAGGACGCCGAAGCUGCCUGUGCUUCUUUGAAGGAUGAGUUGGACCGCAAGGAUUGCGUCUACGAUAUCAUCGCCACUCAAGAUAUGGAUAUGGUCGGAGCAUACUAG